AUGUUAUUGGAUGCUGAAACAAGAUAUUCCAUGAUUGAAAAGGCAGUGUUCGCUAUCAUAGUUGCCGCCAGAAAAUUGAGGCCGUAUUUUGAUGCUCACCCUGUGGUGGUCUUAACAGACUUACCAUUAGAGAAGAGCAUAGAAAAAAUAGAAAGAUCUGGAAGAUUGGCAAAAUGGGCUGUCGAGCUUAAUGGUUUGGGAAUACAAUUUCAGUCAAGAAAAGCCAUAAAAGGUCAAGCAUUGGCAGCUAUUUUUGUUGAAUGGGAAACUCAAGAUAAAAUCGAGGAACCUAUCUGGCAACUGUUGACUGAUGGGUCGUCAAGGCUUGUUGGGGCAGGGGCUGGAUUAGUGUUAAUCUCCCCAGAAGGUAAAAUUAUUGAGUAUGCUUUAAAGUUUCAAUUUAAAGCUACUAAUAAUGAAGCCGAGUACGAAGCUGUCAUUGCUAGACUACAACUAUGUAAAGCAUUAGAAGCCAGAAAAGUCAAUCUAAAAACUGAUUCACAACUGGUUGUGAAUCAGAUCAAGGGAGAAUAUGAAGCCAGGGAUGUCAUUAUGCAGAAAUAUUUGAAAAAAGCUCAAGAAUUGAUCUCUUGGUUUGAAGUUGUUCACAUUGAAAGACUACCCAGAUCACAAAAUGAGCAAGCUGAUGCACUUUCUAAAUUAGGAAGUUUCAGUAUGCAGAAUUUAAAAAGGUCAGUCUUAGUAGAAGUCAAACCAGUAAGUUCAAUUCAUGAAGAUGAUACAUCAAUCUUCAACAUUGAAGACAGAAAUCUUCCAGAUUGGAUGAAAAACCUCAUCCAAUAUAAAAAGAAUGGAGAACUUCCAGCAGAUCCAGUUCUUGCCAGAAGGAUGAAAAUGAAGUCACUACAAUUUUGUAUGGAAGUCCAUGAAGGGUGUUGUGGUCAUCAUCUGGGAGCAAAGGCCUUGGCUCAUAAAACUUUCAAGGUUGGUUAUUAUUGGCCUACAGCGAUUGAAGAUGCCACAAAUUUAGUCCAAAAGUGUGAAAAGUGCCAAAAAUUUGCACCAAACAUUAUCCAACCAGCAUUUGAGUUGAAGUACAUCCACAAUCCGAUACCAUUCGCUCAGUGGGGCUUAGAUCUUCUGGGACCAUUCAAAACAGCAACUGGAGAAGCAGAAUCACUUGCAACAAUCACUUCCAGAAAAGUAGAAAAAUUCAUCUGA